UGUGCGCGUGCAUCAGUGCUUCGCGCAAUGAAGGCGUGCCGUUCCGCCGUUGCGCUCGCAUGUGGCCUGGCGCUACUCGCCGAAGCCUGCUGCGCUGUCACUUUCGCCGAGUGGCGUAAGAAUUUGAUGAGCGUCAACCCUGGCUUACUGAAGCCUCAGUGCAAGAAAGUUUUCAAGGCCUGCAACGUGAAGUUGAUCAGCUUGGUCGGGGUGAUGGAGGUGCUCAAGCAGCGCUGGGAGGAAUACACGGCGGUGCCAUGCGUGAAAGGGAUGUUGUCAAAGGCCUUCCCAGAUUUCAGCGAAGAAUGUUCGAUGAGCGGAUUCUAUGGAAAAUCAAUUAGAUGCAUGCAGUCACCAGAAGCCUUCGCCGUCAUCGGAAAGAAACAAGCGGAGGCCGUGGCACCAGCUUUCAAAUGCCUCAUCGACAACGCUCUGCCUUAAUGGACGUCGACACAGCUGCAGAGACAUGGCUUUCAGUACGGUCUACAAGAUGGAAUUGCCUAGAGUUGCGAACGUCCAAAAGACCUCUGCGACGCCUUGCAAAUAAAAUUGUUUGGAAGUUCCGAGCACAUUAUUAGUUGACAAUUCUAUAUUAUG